UACCAAAAUUGGAUUUCAUUUUAAGACUUCCUCAGCAGAAGAGCGAGCUUAUUUCGCCGUUUCGCGUAGUUUCAUCUCUCUCUCCUUCUCUCUCUCUCUGCGAAAUCCCCGGUGCCCUGAAAUCUCUGAAUAUCGUUUUCUCCGAUCAUCUCUCUUCUAUACAUAUAUCUAGAUCUUAUAAUUUAAUCGAAUUAUUCUCCGCUUACACCUAAACCCUAGCCUCUCCGAUUCUCCGAUUAUUUCGCUCGAAAUUUGGGGAUUUCUGUUGUUUCGUAGAUAUUUUCAUCGAUCUAGGGUUUUGCAACAGCUCCAAUUGACGAAUUAUGAAGAAAAGCUAGGGUUUUGAUAUCGAGUCAUGGUGGAUCAGUGCUAAUCGAUGCUUUUUUGUUAGGGCUGGAACUUCAGUUUAAAUUAUUCUCACUGCCGGCACAUGUUGCCGGUCUCCGUUUCCACCACGCCGACCGGAGGAGGUCAUUCCGAAGAAUUUGCUCCAGUUACUGCUGAUUCUUUCACAAAGGAUGGAAUCAAGAUAUCUGUUGGCGAUUGUGCUUUUUUUAAGGCACCCAAAGAUUCGGCCCCAUUUCUUGGAAUGAUCCAUAGAUUAAUUACAAGCAAAGAAGAAGGUUUGAGGUUGUCUGUUAGUUGGCUUUAUCGGCCUGCUUACGUAAAGCUUGUAAAAGGUCUUCCGCUUGAAGCAGCACCCAACGAGGUGUUUUACUCUUUUAACAAAGCUGAGAUACCUGCUGCAUCAUUACUCCAUCGGUGUAAGGUUGCAUUUCUUCGUAAAGGUGUUGAGCUUCCUUCAGGGUUAUCCUCAUUUGUGUGUAGACGAGUGUAUGAUACCGAAGCAAAGUGUUUACGGUGGUUUACCGACAGAGAUUAUGUUAAGGAACACCAGAAAGAAGUAGAUCAACUCUUAGACAAAACAAACAUAGAUAUGUAUGCAGCUGCACAGCCAGGAGGUCGUUCUCCGAAAGCAUUAAAUGGUCCACAAGUUAAGCCUAGUUCAGAUAGCGCUCCGAACAGUUCAUCCUCUUAUCAUUCUCAGGCUAAAGGGAAGAAAAGAGAGCUACUUGUUCAAGGAUCUGAUUCUGUGAAACGUGAGCGUACUUGCAAAGCAGACGAUGCGGAUUCUGGUCAGCUUCGACCAGAUCAGAUUUUAAAGUUUGAGAUUGCUAAGAUAACAGAUAGAGGAGGCCUCACAGAUUUUGAAGGGGUUGAUAAAUUGGUGCAACUCAUGCAACCUGACAGUUCAAUGAAAAAGCUAGAUUUAGCUUGUCGAAUCAUACUGGCAAAUGUAAUAGCUGUAACGGAUAGAUUUGAUUGUCUUACUAGGUUUGUUCAGCUCAGGGGUUUGCCCGUGUUGGAUGAUUGGCUCCAGCAGGCUCACAAGGGAAAACUUGGUGAUAACAGUAGUCCGAAAGAAGGUGAUAAAUCUGUUGACGAAUUUCUCUUGUCAUUGCUCCGAGCACUAGAUAAACUACCAGUAAACCUUCAUGCACUCCAAACAUGUAACAUUGGGAAAUCUGUGAAUCAUUUACGUACUCACAGGAAUUCUGAGAUACAGAAGAAAGCCAGGAGUUUAGUUGACACAUGGAAGAAAAGAGUUGAAGCUGAAAUGAAUAUGAUCGAUGCAAAGUCUGGCUCAAGUCGUGGUGGUUCUUGGCCAACUAAAUCCUUGAAUUCUGAAGUUUCUAAUGUUGCUGGUCGUCGAAAUGGAGAACCAACUGAGCCCGGUGUUAUGAAUUCCAGUGUACAAACUGGUGCUUCUAAAAUUCCAUCUGCUAAGCUUGUCACUAGUGAGAAGUUGUCUGUUGGUUCUCCUGGCACAGCUAAACAGUCAGUGACUGCAUCAGAAGUUGCAAGUACUAAGGAUUUGAGUACUGUGGCAUUGGUUGGUGCAGGUUCUUCUGAUGCCCCUCUUACAACCAUUAAAGAGGACAAAAGCAAUAGUUCUAGCCAGUCCCAAAACAAUAGUCAGUCCUGUUCAAGUGAAUAUGGAAAAACAAUCUCUUGCAGGGAAGAAGCAAGGAGCUCAACUUCUGUAUCAGUUGGUGUUAAUAGGACGUCUAGUGGUCUUUCACGCAAUAGGAAGUCAAACAAUUGUAACGACGGAACAGUUGUCCAAGGGACUCAAAAAGAAACUAGUAUUGGAAAGAUGAGUUCUGAACAUAGGAAUUUGUCUUCUGAAAAGUUAUCUCCUACCAGAUUAACAACUGAAAGAACACCUGAUGCACCCCAUGUGGACAAUGGUAACAGCAGGAGGCUCAUUGUUCGGUUGCCAAACACUGCUCGCAGUCCUGCAUGUAGUGCUAGUGGUGGGUCUGCGGAAGACGUUUCUGCAACAUCUGGUAAGGGUUCUCCAUCGAUGCAAGUUGAGGAGCCUGUAGGAAAUGACAGGAAAGUAAAAGGAAAAAUGGGUACUUUUCAAAGGAAUGGUGCUCUGAAUGUGACUGUGGACACAAAUCAGCAAAAAGAUGGAUUGCCCAUCUCCGAAGAUGCCAACAUGGCAUCUGGUGGUCUAAAUUCUGAUGAACAGAGCAGAGGCGGAGAAUGCUCUGACAAACUGACAGAAACACCUACAGAUACUCAUUCUCCUUCGAGGAGUGCAGCAAAAUCAGGGAAAUCCUACGAGGCUUUGUUCAGCUCCAUGAAUGCACUGGUAGAUAGUUGUGUAAAGGUUUCUGAAGCAAAUGUAAAUGCAUCGGUUGGGGAUGAUAUUGGAAUGAAUUUGCUUGCCAGUGUUGCAGCUGGAGAGAUAUCUAGAUCUAAUGUCUCACCUUCUGGAUCUUCUGGUAAAAAGUCUUCAUUACCCGAAGAAUCUUGUUCCGGGGAUGGUAUGAGAUUGCGGCAUACUGAUGAAGAUAGAGAUAAAAAUGAAGAUCACCGCAGAGAAGUGUCAAAUGGUGCUGUUAUAGGUCAUGGUAGCUCUAAAAAUUCUUCGCAUACAAAUUCUAGUGCAAAAUGCACUGAUGUGAACAUGGAAAAGAAGUUGUCCAUGGACAGCAAAACCACUUUGUUGCGCUGUGAAGAAAAGAAUGUGGAUCGUGGCGCAGCAUUAAAAGCUUGCAAUGGACCUGUUCCAACAGCUCAUGAAAGGCCGCAUGAACCUGUCCAGGAAGACACUGCAACCAUGUCUUCUGAAAAUGUUAAGAAAAAUGUUAAUGCAGCUUCUGAUGAAGUUGACCAGUUUCAGGAACCACGGAAGCCGACUCACACCCGGACAAGAGAUGUUAAUGCCUCGAGCUCGAAACCUGAAGUGGGAACUGAUAUAUCUAAUGAAACUAUUGAGGUGAAUGGGGUACCUGUGCCACAUGAUAGUGCAGCCACACUUAAGAACUUGGAGGUCAAAGCUAAUGAAGAAUCACCAUCUUGCUCAUCUUCCCAUAGGUGCGACCAAGACAAAAAAAAUGUAAAGUUGUCUGGUAUGCGUGGAAAAAUGGAAGAUACUGAAUUGCCAGGUUUACCUAGUACAGUGGGAAACAGGGAGCCAGAAGCUGCAAAGGAUGGUGAAAUGAAUUUACUAUUACAGACAACGCAAAGUGAGGACCAAACCCCUGGUUUAAGCUCAUUAACUGUUCACCAGAUGAGUGAAAAUUCUCAUGGAAUUGCAGAAAAGAAUGAUCUUAAUAAUUUGCAUCCUAGUGCAUCUCCUACUAAGACUACUGCACUACCUGUCCAGGAAUCCAAGGAACUGAUCAAGUCUAGUGGUAGCAAGUCGGAAGUAGCAGAAGAAUUUACUUCCAUUCCUGAUAUUUCUACUGUUACUGCUUCUGUGUCAGAAUCGACUGUAAAGGUGGACUUUGAUCUGAAUGAAGGUCUUCCCAUUGACGAUGGAAUUUCUGGGGAUCUUGAUAAAUUGCCGGCUUCUGGAAAUGUAUCAUCCAUUCCUUUACCUUUCACUUCACCAGUUCCCAUCUCAUUGGCUGAAGGUCGUCCUUCAGUUACCGUUGCUUCUGCUGCUAAAGGUCCAUUUGUCCCUCCAGAAAAUCCGUUGAGGUUAAAGGGUGAACUGGGUUGGAGGGGUUCUGCCGCUACCAGUGCAUUUCGACCUGCUGAACCUAGAAAGAACCUGGACAAUCCCCCAUGUACAGUUAGUGUUCCUUUAGUUGGGAGCUCCGCGACUAAACAAAGUCGCCCACUUUUGGACUUUGAUUUGAACAUACCAGAUCAGAGAGCUAUGGAGGAAGUGGCUCCUCAAAAAUCUGUUGCAACUUCCUCAGAAACUAGACGCAGUGAACAAAUUGGCGCUGGUUUUAAUCUUGAUUUGAACAUAUGUGAUGAUAGUCCUGAAAUUGGUCACUUCUCAGUUAGCAGCUGUAGAACGGAAAUGCCAAAGAGGCCUCUAAGGCCAUCUUUAUAUGGUGCUGAGUCGAACACAUCGAGGGACUUUGAUUUGAACAAUGGACCUGGUCCCGAUGAAGGGGGUUAUGAAGCUGCACCGCAUGCUAAAAACAGUAUUCCCUUUGCUUCAUCAGUUCCUCCUGUCAGAAUGAAUAACAUGGAACUUGGAAAUUUUGCCUGGAUUCCUCCUGGAGUCUCAUACUCUCCCUUAGCAAUGCCUCCUAUUCUUCCUGGUAGAGGUGAUCAAAACUAUCUCACUCACCCUUCAGCAAAUUCACAGGGAAUUAUGCUUCCACCUGGAAACACUUCAUUCAAUCCUGAACUUUAUAGGGGUCCCGUCCUGUCAUCAUCUCCUGCAGUUGGCUACACACCAAAUAUCCCAUUUCAGUAUCCUGGAUUAUUCCCAUUUGAGACCAAUUUUCCCUUGUCAUCCAAUUCGUAUUCUGGGGUUUCAACACCAUUCACAGAAUCAUCAUCUGGUGGCCCACAUUACCUACCUGCUAUCCCCCCACAGGUGAUGAGACCUACGGGCAUGGGGUCUACUCAUUAUUCCCGACCCUUCGUGAUGAGCAUUCCUGGAAGUACUAGUAAUGUCCCGGAAAGUAAAAAAUGGGGUGACCAGGGUUUAGAUCUAAAUGCAGGGCCUGGAGUUACAGAACUGGACAGGAGAGAGGAAAGGUUGCCUUCGGCUUUGAGGCAGCUUCCUCUUACUGCUUCACAGGCAUUACCAGAUGAGCAGUUGAAGAUGUAUCAACAAAUGGCAGGAGGGAUGGUUAAAAGAAAGGAGCCAGAUGGGGGAUUCAACGGAGAUAGGAUUAACCACAAACAUCCUCCAUGGCAGUAGGACAUGUUAGUAAUAUGCAUGAAGCCUUCGAAUGCUGUUGUGCAGGUUGGAUCUAGGUACAGGACUCUUGAAGUUCUUGUCUAAAAUUUCAUUGGAGGGCUGUGCGGGACACACUAUAUGUGUUAGGUUCACUAGAACUCUUGUGGUCGAGACUGCUCCAACUCAACAAGCAUUGCAAUGUUGGCAGAACCUGUGUAGAUAUUUAACUUAAAAGGCCUGUGCUCCGUCCAGAACUAGGGGAAAAGAGAUUUCGACAUGUAUGUAUUGCGCCAAUUCUCACAAUCACAUCCUCAUUGUUCAUUUCUUUCAAUUUAAAAGAGGAUUGGGUGUAUAAACUGCCGAGGCAGAUGCUGGUUCUGUAUGUGGAUUGUUCUUUGCUUUCUACCAUCUGUCAUAUACAUAGUUGUUAGACUAGUGCUGACUUUCAAAUUUUGGUUCUUUUAAAACAUAGAUGAAAAUGUUGAUGAUAAAGUGCAUUCAUAGGUGCCUGUUGGUGUUA